GAAUACCUUCUCCGACCCAGAGACAACACUUGUCCAGUUCAGAGAUAGGGUUCGUUGCAAUCAUCGUGUCUGUAGUCACAGUGUGUAGCCUACUAGUGGCCGCUAUCCUCAUGUUUUGUGUGCUGAAAAAGCAGGGUUUGAAUCCAGAAGAUGAAAGACAAGACAGCGCAAUUCCUGAGGAUUCGACUUGA